AUGACCGAUGUUGGCGCUGAAGCAACUCGGCAACGUGCUCAAGCCCUUGAGGCUAUCGUUUCCGACGUCGUGGAAGGACGGUUGCCCCUCUCAGAUUUUGCGAAACGUCUCCAAGACGCAGGCGCAUCUCCAGCCGAGGGCGAAGACUACCUGCAACAACUUACCCAACGACUGGAGCAGCAAAAGAAGGACAGAGAGGCUGACGAACAGCCGGACACUCAGUCUGGAGAACAAGCAGCCCGAGAAUCGACUCCUGAAGGCCUUGACGAGGCUCAGGUGGUCGAGUUUCGCGCCCGACGCGAUGCGCUCCUGGAAGAGGUUCGCGCUCGAGAAGCCGCUGAUCGUCGCACAGCGGUUGACACCGCUGCAUGGGCCGUCCUCAAUGCUAAGCUCUCUCGACUGGCGAGUUCACAGGUCCCCAGCGACUCUACGACCCUUCUCUCAGCUGACGAUCUCGCAAAACUACUCGGAGUCGAACGUUCAACCCCCCAGUCCUUGCCUGCUACUGUUCUCACUCUUGCUCCGCAUCUGGCUGAGCUCUCGACCUCUGCAAUCUCUGACCCCCACAUUGAGGAAACCUGGAAAUUGCGGCAGGCAAUUGGAACAGACAAGACCAUCGAUUCCCUUGUCAAUCUUAUGCAGGACCACUUCGUCGACUUCGAGAAACUCUUUGCCUCGAUGGACAAAGGGUACGACCACAACGAUGAGCCUCGAGACUUCGGCGGGGGCUAUGCACUCGUCAAAAAGGACCAAGCUUCAGCUAAGCGCCCCCUUCGAUCCGAAUCCGAAUGGCUUCGUGUCUUUGGAGCUUGGAGCUCUGCCGUUGUACUUGUCUAUCGUCACCGCUCUUCAGAGCUUCAAAGCUACCAGCGCAUGGUCACUGACCUAUUUCGCGCAGUACCUCAUGACCCGUCGAUUGCCAUCGCUUUCGACGUCGAAGCUCGCGAUCGCUAUGCGAAGAGUCCUUUCCGCAUGGACGACCGGACUCAACUUAAUGUGCCGCUUUUGGCGCGCAUGUUCCAAAGUACUGGCCCGUCUUCCAAGAAGCGCAGUAAUACAUCACCUUCGACAAGCUCUCCCUCAAAGCGUUCAACAAUUCCUUGCCGAAAUUGGAACAUGGGUAUUUGCGACGCCCCUUGCCCGAAUGGGCGCAGGCAUGGGAUUUGCAGUGAGUGUGAAGGCCCACACCGAGCAAAAGACGAGCCCGUCUGCAAUACUCUCCUCCAAGCUCGACAAAGAAAAGGAGCUAGCGGAGGCUACUCAGAGAGCAGCAAAGGCAAGGGAAGGGCCUAG